CUAUUAGUUAUACAAUUUAUUUAACAUUUAAGCGAAUCAAGUAAAAUUGAGCAAAAUACACACUGAUACACACAUUCGAUAGCGUGUCAGUCUAGAGUAAACAUGUCAUUCGUUGAUAAAGUAGUGUUGAUAACAGGCGGAAGUUCCGGUAUCGGAAAAGCCACUGCUCUUUAUUUAUCUAAGCAAGGUGCGAAGAUAGCGAUAACCGGAAGGAAUGUGGCGAACCUGCAGGCCGUGGCCGAUGAAUGCGAAGGACACAAACCCCUGAUACUUGUAGGAGACGUAAACGAGGAGGCAGCCGUGAAAUCCAUAAUCGAAAAGACUUUGAGCCACUACAAAAAAUUGGACGUUCUGAUCAACAAUGCGGGAAUCAUCGAAUCCGGUAGCAUCGAGGAAACCAAUGUUGAGCAGUACGACAGGGUCUUCAACACGAACGUGAGGGCCGUUUAUUGCAUAACAACGCUGGCCGUGCCGCAUCUGAUCAAGACCAAAGGAAACAUAGUGAAUGUCUCAAGUGUAGCUGGACUGAGGGCAGCAAAUGGUUUGGUUGCUUACUGCAUGUCCAAAUCAGCUGUCGAUCAGUUCACCAAGUGUGUGGCAUUGGAUUUGGCUUCAAAGGGAGUCAGAGUUAAUGCUGUCAAUCCUGGAGUUAUUGUUACUGAGCUGCACAAGAGGGGUGGCAUGAAUGAGCAGCAGUACGAGCAGUUCCUGGAGAGAUGCAAAACUACUCAUGCAUUAGGACGUCCUGGUCAAGCCUCAGAGGUUGCUACAACUAUUGCCUUCUUAGCCAGCGAUGCUGCCAGUAAUAUUACCGGUGCAUCCAUUCCCGUCGACGGAGGUCGUCAUGCAAUGUGUCCAAGAUAAAUUGAUAUCGUGUAUAUUUGGUUGCCUAAUAAAAAUAUAUUUUUCUGUUA